AUGGUCGAGGAAGAUGAGCGAGAGGAGGAGUUGGGCGCCUUGACGGCCAUCUACCCUGAGCUCAUCAUCGACCCUCAGGACGCGUACUCUGCGAACAUUGAUCUUGCCGUGGCACCCACAAAACCGCUUCUUACACGAUUCGUGCCGUCGACGGAUUCUGCGAAUGGAGCAACCUAUCGCGAUGCUGCCACCAGCACUGCGCAUAUCGAGCACGAUGUUCACCUGGCACAUCUUCCGCCUCUCACUUUGCGUGUGACACUGCCGCAGGGAUACCCUUCCGAAGCCCCGCCUAAUGUACGGCUUUCGUCCAAUCUCAACUGGCUGCCGAAAGACAGACUGGUAGAGUUGGAGGCGGAUGCCGUGAAUCUAUGGGAAGAGUUUGGGCGAUGUCAGAUUCUGUUCUCGUACAUCGACCAUCUGCAACAAGCGGCCGAACGAGCUUUCGACCUCGAACAAAGCGCCGAGGGAUGUCUAGUCCUGUCCGCUGCCCAAGAGUCGGAUCUGUCGGCGUUUGAUGAGAAGACGAGACAAGCGACCUUCGACGCGGGUACCUAUGAUUGCGGAGUGUGCUUGGAGCCCAAAAAGGGCGUUGCAUGCUACCAAAUGAGGCAGUGUGGCCAUGUCUUCUGCCGGCAAUGUCUGCAGGACUUCUACAACAACGCUAUCAAGGAAGGAGAUGUGGUGGGCGUGAAAUGCUUGGACCCCAGCUGCGGCGAGGAGAAAGAUGCCGACGGUCGGAAGAGGCGGAAAAGGGAACGCACACUACAUCCUCGAGAGUUGCUAGCCAUGGGCGUGGACGAGAGCAUUGCGAGGCGAUACGUCGAGAUGAAGCGGAAAAAGAAGAUUGAGGCGGACAAGAGCACCGUGUACUGUCCAAGGACAUGGUGCCAGGGUCCAGCCAAGAGCGACAAGUAUCCGCCUCUCCCAGCCGAUCUGUCGGCUUACAUCGAUAACGAGAUUUUCGACGAUGACAAGGACGUUGGGGAGAAGUUGCCGCCAACUAAUAAAGACAACAAGAUUCCGCCAGAUCCUUCCGAUCGCCUGGUAGUCUGCGAGAAAUGCACCUAUGCGUUCUGCAAAGUUUGCUACAUGGGCUGGCACGGGCCAUUUGCUCGCUGCUUUCCUCGUGAUCCUAACGAGCUCAGCGCCGAGGAGAAGGCAAGCUAUGACUACAUCCGUAUGAACACUUCGCCAUGCCCGUACUGCAACGCGCCAGUGCAGAAGACGAUGGGCUGCAACCAUAUGAACUGCUUCCAGUGCAGGACGCACUUCUGCUAUCUAUGUGGAUCCUGGCUAGAUGCUCACAACCCGUAUCAGCACUUCAAUAAGCCUGGAACCCCAUGCUAUCAACGUCUCUGGGAGCUUGAAGAGGGAGAUGAAGGUCAAGCUCCUGACGAUGGCAGAGGGUUUGUUGGAGGUGCGCGUGGAUGGGAACAAAUGGCUCUUGAUGCAGCACACGAGGCAGAAGCCGCCGAAAUAGACGCGGCUGCAGCUGAGGCACAAGCGGUGGAGGAUGAGCCCGCGGCUGAAUUGCAGGCGCCCUGGAAUGAUGUCCCUCUUAUCGUCGCCGUCGCGCAACUUGAUUUCAACGAUAUCCCCGACGACGAGCGCGAGCCUCAUCGAGCGGCAGUCCCUCGUCGAGGCGGGAGACGAGCUCGCAACCCAUUGCCUCGCGCACCAGCCGCGGGCGCAGCGCAGGUCGUUCGAAAUCAUGAACGUGCGGGUGGUAGAGGUGGUUGGCGGCCGCCUCCAGCAGCUCGUGCGGGCGACGGCAGAGCAGAUCUAGAAGAUCGGGAACAAGCCGAGUUGCAGAGAUUUCUCGAAAUGGCACGACGUGACGAAGAGGACGACUGGGACUCGGACGAGCUUGGAGAUGAUGAGCCAUUCAUCAUACCCGAUCGAUGA